AUGGUAAACAAUAUCCAGAUCACCGGGGAGGUCAUUCGGCAGAAAUGGCGCUUCUUCGCCGUGCGCUGCAACAUCCCGGCAGAUGCACUCAAGUUGAGCGAGGGCUGGCUGACGAAAUACAAGGAACGGAUGGGAUUGAAGGAGUAUAAACGGCACGGGGAGGCAGCAUCAGCUAACCCUGCCACUGUCGACACGAAGGGCAUCAAGACUCAAAAACUACGACUCACAUAUGCCCUCUGUGCAAAUGCAACUGGUACUGACAAGCUCAGGCCCCUCGUCAUCGGGAAGUUUCGCCAGCCCCGUGCGUUCAAUAAGAAACCAGCAGCAGCUCAUGGCUUUGACUACCGGAAUAACCUGAAUGCGUGGAUGACAACACCUCUGUAUCAAGAUUGGAUCAGCAACUGGGACAGCGAGCUGCGACGGAAUGACAGACAUAUCCUGCUCCUGCAGGACAACUUCUCUGGGCAUGUCGUUCCAGACGGGCUCACGAACAUCCGCGUCGAGAACUUCGCACCGAACUUGACAGCGCAUGUGCAGCCCAAUGACCAGGGCAUCAUCCGAUGCUUCAAGGCACAUUAUCGGGCUGCCUACAUCGAGCGCGCCAUCAACCGCUAUGAUGAGGGCGUCACCCCGAGCGAGAUCUAUCAGAUCAACCAGCUGCAAGCAAUGCGGCUGGCUGAUACAGCAUGGCGGCAGGUCGAUACAACCACGAUUCGAAACUGCUGGAGGAAAGCUGGGAUCUUACCUAGCACCGACAACCCCACCCCUCCCCAGCCCUCACUUCCGAUCUCAUCCCUUAUCAACGACACUCCGGCCAACCCUCAAUGUCUUGCCGACAGCGCAGUUGAGGCUGCUCUUGACUCUCUUCAGGCAACGGGGGUACUGCAGAAGUCGAACCGGAUGGACCUCGAGACAAUCUUGAAUCCGGUAGAGGAGCAUGGGGCCGCGGCAAAUAUGACGGAUGAGGAGAUUUACGAGGCUGUGAUGAAGAGGAGGGCAGGAGGAGACGAGGAAAGCGAGGGAGACGAGGGAGACGAGGGAGACGGCGAUGGAGUGGAGCCUCCUCCCACGCGGAAGCAGGUCCUGGGAGCGGCGUCCGUAAUUGGACGCUGCCUUGAUGAGAUGGAUGACCCGCUCGCGCGAAAAUUGGAGGUUUUGCUUGCCUCCUUUACUCGCCAACUCAGGAUAGACGCGUCAAAACAGCUAGAGCCAUCGAAGAUUACUGAUUACUUUACUUUAACACCAUCCGACUAG